UGACAGAGACCCUGGACGUAAAGCGUUCAUCUUAGAGACUGCCACUUACGAGGGUGUAGAUUAUUCUUAUUUUCGGUAUUAAGGUAGUUUUCCUGUGAGCAGAAGCCGCGUAGGGCAGCAGUGGAACCCGCUGGUCCCUGCUUUUCGCCUCCUCGUUGGGACAGUCUGCGCAGGCGCACAGGGAGGAUCGGUUCAGGCGGAAGUGCGGACGGAAGUGGAGUCCGGGGACGCUUUAGCUCCCGGACCUGCGAAGUAAACAGAGACGCCGCAGAUCGGGCACUGUGUAGGCUACAGCAGGUCACCAUGAACCGGCUCCCGGAUGAUUACGACCCCUACGUGGUUGAAGAGCCUAGCGACGAGGAGCCGGCUUUGAGCAGCUCUGAAGAUGAAGUGGAUGUGCUUUUACAUGGGACUCCUGACCAAAAACGAAAACUCAUUAGAGAAUGUCUUACUGGAGAAAGUGAAUCAUCUAGUGAGGAUGAAUUUGAAAAAGAAAUGGAAGCUGAAUUAAAUUCUACCAUAAAAACAAUGCGGGACAAAUUAUCCUCCCUGGGAGCAGGAUCUUCCUCAGGAGAUGGGGAAGUUGGAACAGCUCUGACAAAGUACUAUGAUGAUGUGUAUUUUGAUUCUGAUUCUGAGGAUGAAGACAAAACAGCACAGGGAAUGAAGAAAAAAAAGAAGAAACAACACAGGAUUCCAACCAAUGAUGAAUUACUAUAUGAUCCUGAAAAAGAUAACAGAGAUCAAGCCUGGGUUGAUGCACGGAGAAGGGGUUAUCAUGGUUUGGGACUACAGAGGCCACAUCAACGACAACAACCGGUUCCAAACAGUGAUGCUGUCUUGAAUUGCCCUGCUUGCAUGACCACAUUGUGCCUUGACUGCCAGAGGCAUGAAUCAUACAAAACUCAGUAUAGAGCAAUGUUUGUGAUGAAUUGUUCUGUUAACAAAGAGGAGGUUCUAAGAUACAAAACCUCAGAGAACAGGAAGAAGAGGCGGGGCCACAAGAAGAUGAAGUCUAGCAAUGCAGAUGCCACAGAGCAAGCCGAGACAGAAGUGGAAGAACUCUAUCACCCAGUCAUGUGCACCGAAUGCUCCACUGAAGUGGCCGUCUACGACAAGGAUGAAGUCUUUCAUUUUUUCAAUGUUUUAGCAAGCCAUUCCUAAACAGUGCAUUUAAUUAAUUGCCCAGUACUGUAUAUCAGGCAAAAAUGGAUGGUUAUUUUCCUCCUGCUUAUUCAUAUCAUUAAGUGAUAUCAAGAUAUUAUUUGAGGAAGCAGUAUUUUAUCUUUAUGAGAAAGAAUAGUUAUCAACCUUUAUCUCUCCCCCCACCUUUAUUUCCCCCUGGUACUGAUGGGAUUGAUAGUCCUUUUUGAUGGACAUUUGGGAACUGGGACUUUUUAUUUAUUAAACUUCUUUAAAAUGUUCUAGAAUUAUAAGUUGUUUCUGAGUGUCAUUUUUAUUUUGCGUAUACCUUUGAUGUGAUUAAAGUGAAAACUGUUUCCUUAAUUGUCUAUA